CAGUGAGUUUGCACACAUGCCAGGAUCCUCCACUGUACCUGAGCACUUCACUCCACGCAGCGACCACCCACGCUGGGAUCCAGCGCGCGCGAGACACGGACAGAGUGGAAGGAACCCAGUGCUUUCCACAGCUGCACAGCUCCUUAGAGUCUCUCUCUUCAUCAUCAUCAUCAUCAUCAUCAUCAUCAUCAUCACAGUCUCUUCAAGCCAGUUAGAUCAUGAACCUGCUCUUUUCUGGUUGCUAAGGAGGGGAAAUCGAGCUCCGAGGAGUGGACGAGGCGGUACUUGGACUACUAAGAGAGAAAAAGAGAGAUCAAGAGACCAAGAAUGGCUCAGGCCUCUCAGGACCAAGGUGCAGUGGGCGUGGCUGACCCAGAUGACGACUCACCCAACAUGAUUGCUUACAGGAAGAUUGAGGACAUUAUCACACGCCUCCAAGAUGAAACUGAAGGUGUGCCAGUCAGAACGGUCAAGAGCUUCCUGUCCAAGAUUCCCAGCGUUGUUACAGGUUCAGACAUUGUUCAGUGGAUGAUGAAGAAUCUCAACAUAGAUGAUCCUGUGGAGGCCAUACACAUCGGCAGCCUGAUCGCUGCCCAAGGCUACAUAUUCCCCAUCUCUGAUCAUGUUCUCACCCUCAAGGAUGAUGGGACAUUUUACCGCUUUCAGGCUCCAUACUUUUGGCCCUCUAAUUGCUGGGAACCAGAGAACACAGACUAUGCCAUCUAUCUGUGCAAGCGGACCAUGCAGAACAAGACCCGGCUGGAGCUGGCGGACUAUGAGGCGGAGAAUCUAGCGAGACUACAGAGGGCUUUUGCCAGAAAGUGGGAGUUCAUCUUCAUGCAGGCUGAGGCACAGGUCAAGAUCGACAGGAAAAAAGACAAAACGGAGAGAAAGAUUCUGGAUAGUCAAGAGAGAGCCUUCUGGGAUGUUCACCGUCCUGUGCCUGGGUGUGUCAACACCACAGAGAUGGACAUCAGGAAGUGUCGCCGUCUAAAGAAUCCUCAAAGAGUGAAAAAGUCAGUGUAUGGGAUUGUGGAUGACACACAGACUCAGAGUCCUGUACACACACCCUCACAGCAGAGCCACAAGGACACCAGAGAGGACGUAGAGAAAGAGAUUCUUUUCUUGAACACUCAGUUGGAUCGACACUGUAUGAAAGUGUCCAAAGUCGCUGAUACAUUGAUGAGUUACACUGAGCAGUAUCUUGACUAUGACCCAUUUGUGACAGUACCAGAUCCAUCUAACCCCUGGAUCGGUGAUGAUGUCACUUUCUGGGAGCUGGAGGCUAGUAAGGACCCGAGUCAACAGCGAGUAAAGAAGUGGGGCUUCUCGUUGGACGAGGCUUUAAAGGACCCAGUGGGCCGUGAGCAGUUCCUUAAAUUCUUGGAGUCCGAAUUCAGCUCCGAGAACCUCCUGUUCUGGUUGGGUGUGCAAGAUCUGAAGAGCCGCCCCCUGCAGGAAGUGCCAGCUCGUGCUCAGGAGAUCUGGGAAGAGUUUCUUGCAGAAGGAGCUCCCAAUGCCAUCAAUCUGGACUCGCACAGCUACGAGCGCACCAGUCAGAAUCUAAAAGACGCGGGCCGCUACAGCUUUGAAGAUGCCCAGGACCAUAUCUACAAACUGAUGAAGAGUGACAGCUACCCUCGUUUCCUGCGCUCCAGUGCUUACCAGGACCUCCUGCUGGCCAGAAAGAAGCCUGAGACUGAGCAAGGCCGCCGCACAUCCCUGGAGAAAUUCACUCGCACUGUGGGCAAGUCUCUGACAAGUAAACGCCUGACAGGCCUCAUGCAGUCCUCCUGACGAGUCCCGGCUGUUCAGAAGUCCAGACCCCUCCAGAGAAAUUGCAGUUUUUUGGGGUGGAAGCAUCGUGGCCACGGCGGGCCAUGUGUACGGACCACCCUCUCUCCAAAACCCACCGGUACACCGCACAGCUACCGACUCUAGAUGGCAGCAUGCAAUAAGUCCAAGAAAAUCUCCAAACGGCAACAGUGUCUAUUAAAUCAGCGACAGCACAGACUGCAUACAUGAAUGUCAGACUUCCCAGUACCAUCUAGAGAACCAUUAUACCUAUAACCAAACUGCAGAAAGGACAGGACUGUCUCGCUGGAUGUCCAUUUAAAAACGUUCACUGUCAGAGAAACAAGGUGUGCAGUAAUCAGUCCGGUACGUCAAUGUUUAAAUCUGAUGAAGCGAGGAUGUCUCAAAUCUUCAGAGCAUUCCAAAGCAGCGAAGAACGUGUCAAGGGCUUUCGGUGACUGUGGUUAAGGUUUCCACAGAACUUUUCUUGGUGUUGAACAGUCACUGAAUAUGAAGAAUGAAUGUGGAAGCGAAGGGGAUCAGAAAAGCACAUUGUUAUUACUCCUGCCAUUUUGAUGAAACUAGAAUUAUUUAUUCUGUGUCUACUGGAUGUGAUAUACUCCCCUAUUAGCACAUGAUAAUUCUAACUGAGAUGAGAAUGAUGUUGAUUGAUACCUUUUAGACUCAGUUUUAUUGAGGAAUUAAGAAAUACUGUGCUGGACAAUAAAAGUGUUAGUAGGAUGAGUCAGAGCUUUUGUGUGUGAGGAACACUGGAUGCCAGAGAUGCUUGGUCAGUGUGUUUCCUGAACAGCUUUAAUAACAAAUAACAACCUUAAAUGAUUUAGGAGCAUUUAUUGAGGCUCAUUUUACCACAUAAAAAUACUAAGUCAAUUAUUAGAUUGACAUGUAUGGGAUAAAAUGUAAAAAGUGAGAUAAAAAGACAUAAAUUAUACACAAAAUAUGACUAAAAUUAUUAUUAUUAAAGUGUAAAAAAUGAAUUAUGACUCAUAAUUUUACCUUUUUUCCCCAUAAUAUGAAAUUGGGCUUGGUUUGCUUUAAUGUAAGGGAUUGUAGAGUCAAUGUGCGUAGAAUGUGAGCGCUUCAUGUUGCUCGGUGUCGAUGUAGUGAUUAGUCUGAUGAUGAUUUGCUCUAAGCACAAAUAUCUGCAGAUCACAGCCCUUCACUCUUAACAUAUCAACAGUAGACAAUGUUUUUGUGGGAUUGCCAUCUAUUAGAAACAUAUUUUAGCAGCCAAUCUCCAUUGUUCCCUGAAGCAGCAUCACUGCCAAAGACACAGACUUCUCAUUUGGCCACAAGUUUAAAAGUUGGUCAAAUGGCAGAACGGAAAUGUGUUCUGUUAACAUUUCCUCUAAACAUUUUCAGGUAGUUGAUUUGACUCAUAACUGUACAUUAGGUUUAAAUUGAUUGUAUAGACUUUGCAGCAAUCCUGAAUAUGGAAGAUUAUAUGUAGAAUACUUAACGUGGAAUAUAACUUAGAGGCAGAGGUGCAAUAUUCAGCACAAAACUAUGCAUGGAAUAUUUCUAAAGACUUGUAUUGCCUUUAGGUUUUGUUUUUAUUUAAUUUUUUUUCAUUGACGGGAAAAAGAUGAGAACGCAAUAGGUCAAGAUAAUGGAAAGGAUGAAGUCCUGAAACCUUCAAUAAACCUUCAUUUGGAGAGCUCAAGAAUGCUCAUUUUUCUAUGCUCGGACUAUUUUGUCAUGUAUUUUUAGUUUAAACUGUGCGUGAUAGUCCAUUAAACAUCUAUUAAGUGUUUGUUGUGGCAUAUAAGGCUAUAUCAGAGAAUUGUGAUUCCUUGAGCUAAAUUUAACUCGUCAAAUGUUGUUGGGGUAGGAUUUCAUGAAACCGAUUGAAAUAUAGAGGAAAGGUGGAAAGGCUCGUCUAUUAAUGUGUAUGUGCUGCUCUCUAGUGGUAAGCAUGAGCGGUACAACCAAUUUCGUAAAAAAAACAAAAACAAAACAAAAAAAACAUGAAAUCAGACGAGCCUUGGAUUUAAUGAACUUUUUAUUACAUUAUAACAAGGAUAAGAAUAAGAAAAGGGCCUAAGACAUAACAAAAAACUAAGUACAAAACGAUUCUCGUGACUGGAAAGGAUUAAAAAGUAUUCAACAUUUGUGUUUGUAUUACAGGUGAUUAUAUACAAGAAAUGUCAUUGUAACAGGCCAUGACACAAAAUAAAUGGAAUGAUUAUCGUCCUUAUAACUCAAAACUGAGUUGUUCUACUCUUGGACUAGAAGAAAUCCGUUGGUAUUGAACGACCCUACACUACAUGUUGAAGCUGCAUGCUACUUAACUAUGUCGUCGCUUUUUAAAGGGGUUGUUCACCCAAAAAUGAAAAUUCUGUAAUUUACUCAACCUCAAGUUGUUCCAAAUCUGUACAAAUUUCUUUCUUCUGCCGAACACAAAAGAAAAUAUUUCGAAGAAUGUUAGUAACCAAACAGUUGAUAGGUCCCAUUAGCUUCCACAAUAGGCCAUCGAAAAUAAAAAUAGGCCAUGUAAGUUAAUGAGGUCCAUCAAUUGUUUGGUUACCGAACUUGAGGGAGAGUAAUUUAUGAAAAUUUCCCCAAAAAAUCAGCUGUCAGUUCUUUUUCAUUUUAUUCAGUCAUUUCUUUUCUUUUCUUUUUAUUCUAAACAAAAAUUAUAUUCCAAAGGUUUACCUGUGGUAGAUAAAGAAACUCUAAACAUUUAACAAGACUACUUUGAUUUUUGAACCUUUCUGAAGAAUCAUCUGCCAAAAAAAAAAAAAAAAAAAAAAAA